CCCAGACCCCCUCCUCUUCCUCCUCCUCUUCUCUCCAACGAAAGGAAAAAUGAGGCAAAACUAAUGCCAGGCACGGAAGCUUCCCAUUGGACAGUGUUAGGUCAGCUGGUCUCUGACUCCCCCCUGUGCUCCUCACUCAAUUCCUGUAACAUACACACACACUGACUCUUUCUUGCUACCGAACUCCCCACCCCACACUGGCCAACACUGGCACCCAGCCACCCCAACUUCACCCUCCUCACCCCUCCUCCUAAUCUGCGAUAAACUCAGUGAUAGCAGCAACAGCCCGUCGGACUGUGGGCUAUAAAACACAACAAAUCAUAAAGUGCAGGCAGGGAAGGCAGAGGAAGGAGGACGGGAGGAAGAACCGUUAGCCUCGGUCUACUCCUCCUUCUUCAUCAUCGCUUUAUCAUUGUUGUUGUGUUUGUUACGUGCCCUCCUGUGAUCCCGUUUUCUCUUCUUCUCCUCUUCUCCUCCUUCUUCUCCUUUCCCACUUUUGCCAAUGAGUUCAUAUUUUGUAAACUCCUCUUUCCCGGUGAUACCGGGAACGGGUGGAGGCGGACAGGCGUCGUCGGCAGAGCCCUUCCUGGGUCAGAUCUCACUUUAUUCAUCGGGAUACGCCGACCAUCCGCUCCGACACUACCCGGGUGCAGCAGCUGUGUCUGCGGCCGCGGCCGUGGCUUACAGCGCUCACCAGGAAAAACCUUAUCCAGCCUCUACCUACUAUCAGCAGGCUGCAAACGCAGCGUACAGUGGGCACAGAGCAGCUGGGGUGGCAGUUGGGGGCGCGACCGGACCUGGCGCAUGCGACUAUGCUACAGCGGCAGCGGCGGCUGCAGCGGCGGCCACGAACUUCUACCGAGACAAGGAUCAUCCGUGUAGUCUGGAGGAACACCAGCUUGCUAUGAGCCAGGACGGCAUGCAUCGCAAAGUGGAAUGCGCUGGGCUCGGAGGAAAGGGGCUAUUUGGAGAAUCGAUGGAUGACAAACAAACAGUGCCAACUCCAAUUUAUCCGUGGAUGCAGCGGAUGAACGCAUGCAGUGGGACUUUCGGCAGCCCGGGGAGACGCGGCCGGCAGACAUAUACGCGCUAUCAGACGCUGGAGCUGGAGAAGGAGUUCCACUUCAACCGGUACCUCACGAGGCGGCGGCGCAUCGAAAUUGCGCACGCGCUCUGCCUCACGGAACGGCAGAUUAAGAUAUGGUUCCAGAACCGGAGGAUGAAGUGGAAGAAGGAGAACAAGCUUAUUAACUCAUCCUCUUCCUCCUCUUCCUCCUCUUCCACUGUAAACGGUACAGAUGAAGAAGAGAAACGGACGGAGUGCGAGUAAAAAAAAGCACGUGAGACAUUAAAAGGAAGAGAAGGGUGCCAGAAAAUUCAUGCUGGUUAAACCUGCUCUGUUUGUUAGGUGUGGACAUUUUGUGAGCCCACUUCUUCAUUCAUCUUUGCCUGACAGCUCAACCGCGUGGGUCAUUAAAUGGAAGAAGUUAAAGGGCUAAAGAUGAAGAAUAUAGUAUAAGAUGCUAAGUAUGCUAUAUAUAUAUAUAUAUAUAUAUAUAUAUAUAUAUAUAUAUAUAUAUACGUGUGUGUGGGUGUGUGUGUGUGUGGGUGUGUGUGGGUGUGUGUCGGGGUUUUCCCUGAAGCUUUUUAAAUCUGGGUUGUUUUUUUAUGUAAAUUCUGAAUAAUAAUGGAGUUUCGGGAAUACUGUAUUCUUAUAUAUAGUUAAAGGCUCUGAUCAUAAGACGACAGUAAUAAGAUAGGGUAAGGUGGCCUAUAAGUAGCCAGCAGUGAAUUACAGCAUUCCAAGAAAACUACCUAAAUUCUUACUGUAGAUAUAUUUUGUUAAUUAGUUGGGGUUUUUUUUAUAUCUGGAAGGCACUUUCUUUUGAAGGAAAUGCUUCAUUGUUUUGUUUCUUUAUUCUUUUUGCUAUAAUGUGUGGUAUCUUCGGAUUAACGCGGGAUUGUGUUCCACACAUACUAAAUAACAUGGGAAUGGAACGAAGAGGAAAAUUGUCUUAUGUUGUACAUACUAUUGCUAAAAUAUACAGAUUUAGACAAGAAAAAUCUCUUCGUAUUUUGGAAGGUCUUAACGGUUUUCAGCUCUUACUUUUCCACUUGGUUGUACAGCAAGUGUGGAAGCGUUGACCUGUUGAUGUUAUUCUCCAAACUACCUAAAUACCUUCAGAUAAGUGUAAAUUUUGUGAACUGUGUAAGGUUAUGUUAGUGUUUUUUGUCCAGUACGUAUACAACCUAUGAGAAAUGUACAAUAAACUCCAGACAACUGUA